AUGUCAGUGAAAAGUGAAAUGGAACAGACUUCUGGCGAUAAUGGUAAUGAUGAUAUUAGUGACGUUAAGAGCUACUACGAUGAUGAAGACGAUGACGAUGGUGAAGAUAAUGAUAAUGAUAAUAAAGACAAUAAUAAUAAUAGCAUUAAUAAUAAAAAGGAUAAUAAUGAUGACGAUGAUGAUGAUGUUUAUGAUGAUGAUGAUGAUGACGAUGAUGAUGCUGAUGAUGAUAAUGCUACUGCUGUUGCUGGUGGUGGUGGUGUUGGC